AUUCGAAAUCCCUUUUGACUCAUCAUCAUCAUCACCAUGUGGAGAAGAAUCGUCUCCUCUCAACUCAAAACCCUAGCCGCCGAUGUCGUCGCUGCCUCUCCUCGUCGAUCGAUAGCCGCCACCGUUAGACCCGUCGGUUUCUACCUCGCCGCCAAUCGAUCAGCCAUCUCCGCUUCUUCUUUCGUUAUCCCUCGCCAUUUCAGCUCCGAAUCAGUGGAGACUCCUGCGAAGAAGAAGGUGGAGGAUGUAAUGCCAAUUGCAACUGGACACGAGAAGGAGGAGCUUGAAGCUGAACUUGAGGGAAGGAGGCUGGAUGAUAUUGACUUCCCUGAAGGUCCUUUUGGAACAAAGGAAGCUCCGGCUAUUGUGAAGUCCUACUAUGACAAGCGAAUUGUGGGUUGCCCUGGUGGUGAAGGCGAGGACGAGCACGAUGUUGUCUGGUUCUGGCUGGAGAAAGGAAAGUCUUUUGAAUGCCCAGUUUGCACUCAGUACUUUGAGCUGGAAGUGGUUGGUCCUGGUGGGCCUCCAGAUGGUCACGGUGAUGAAGACGAUGAGCACCACCACUGAUUCCGGCCUCUCCCUUGCCGCAAAUUUUUCUUUUUUAUUUGCACAUUUUCAUAUAUUUUAAAAAAUUUAUGACUGGAAUAAAAAAAAUUAUCUGCC